GAUAUGUAGAAAAAUGUUUUCAACUCUACCAACAAUGAAGUGUCAUAUAUAUUUACACACAGAUGAGCGUCCCUUUAGAUGUUUGACAUGUGAGAAAACAUUUACUAAUCUAAUUCAAGUAAAGAAUCAUUUGUUGACUCAUUCUGAUAAGCGUCCUUAUAAGUGCACUACAUGUGGAAAAUCAUUCCAAACCAAAAUAAAUAUGAAGAGACAUACAUUAGUACACACAGGAGAGAGGCCUCAUAAGUGCACUAUAUGUGGAAAAUCAUUCCAAACCAGUGGCAGUAUGAAGAUGCAUACAUUAGUACACACCGGAGAGAGACCUCAUAAGUGCACUACAUGUGGGAAAUCAUUCCAAACCAAAAAGAAUAUCAAGAUUCAUACAUUAGUACACACCGGAGAGAGACCUCAUAAGUGUACUACAUGUGGAAAAUCAUUCCAAACCAGGAGCAGUAUGAAGAUUCAUACAUUAGUACACACCGGAGAGCGACCUCAUAAUUGUACUACAUGUGGGAAAUCAUUCCAAACCAGGAGCAGUAUGAAGAUUCAUACAUUAGUACACACCGGAGAGAGACCUCAUAAGUGUACUACAUGUGGAAAAUCCUUCCAAACCAGGAGCAGUAUGAAGAUUCAUACAUUAGUACACACUGGAGAGAGACCUCAUAAGUGUACUACAUGUGGAAAAUCAUUCCAAACUAAAAAAGAUAUGAAGAGACAUACAUUAGUACACACUGGAGAGAGACCACAUAAGUGUGCUACAUGUGGAAAAUCAUUCCAAGACAAAAAGGAUAUGAAGAUUCAUACAUUAGUACACACCGGAGAGAGACCUCAUGGAUGCACUACAUGUGGAAAAUCCUUCCAAACCAAGAGCAAUAUGAAGAUUCAUACAUUAGUACACACCGGAGAGAGACCUCAUAAGUGUACUAUAUGUGGGAAAUCCUUUACAACCAGUGGCGAUAUGAAGAAACAUACAUUAGUACACACCGGAGAGAGACCUCAUAGAUGCACUACAUGUGGAAAAUCCUUUACAACCAGUGGCAGUAUGAAGAGACAUUCAUUAGUACACACUGGAGAGAGACCACAAAGAGCUCUACAUGUGGAAAAUCCUUCACAACCAACAGGAAAAUGAAGUAACAUACAUUAGUACACACCGGAGAGUGGCCGCUUAAGCACUACAUGUGGAAAAUCCUUCACAACACAACCAGUAGCCAGAUGAAGAAACAUACAUUAGUACACACCGGAGAGUGGCCGCUUAAGCACUACAUGUAGAAAAUCCUUCACAACACAACCAGUAACCAAAUGAAGAAACAUACAUUAGUACACACUGGAGAGACACCACAAAUGUUUAUUUAACAUUUAACAACUGUUAAUUUCAUGUUGUUUUACAAUGCUUAGUUGUAUCUUUGACUAUCAAUACAACUUCAGUACCGGUUUUACGGUAACCAAUAGUCAAUGGUUGUAUCAAAGGUUGUAUCUAAGACUGUUUAUUUCUUUAGAUAAAUUUUUAUUCUUAUAUAUAUAUAUGACAACUGAGAACUUUGAUGUAAUGCAGAGGGUCGAGGUUCUUUCCAGAGCUAUUAUGUUAUUAUUGUGCAUUGCCUUAAUCCAGAAAACCCGUAUGUAGUGUGGAUUUAUCAAUUUUACUGUAAUAUAUUUUAUUGAUAACAUGAGGUGGAUUUAUGUAUUGAGUCCACAUAAAAUCUUGAAUUAGGAUAAACCUACAAUAUAAAUUACAUAUC